GUUGCCGAUCGCAACAUCGGGAGUGUCUACGACAGCUUCGAGAGUUUCAGGAGUAUCGGCGAACCCGCAUUGGUAGCGGAGCCAGAGAACAAGGAACGGGUGAAGUGGUACGUGGCAGGGCUCUCCUAUCGUGACAAGGCCGUGGCUGGCGCGAGGCUGGCAUCGGCGUUGACGGGAGAAGCCUGGAAGGUGCUCGAGGAGUUGUUGGAGAAUAAUGGUGGCCACAAGACACUGCUGCAGCUCCUAGACGAGACUCUCAUGGACGAACCCAUCUGGGAAGCGGCCAAGUAUCUCAAGGAGUACCUCUUCACGCUGAGGCGGAAGAACAAUGAAGGGAUGAAGGCCUACGCCCAGCGGAGCCGGGUCGUCGCCGACAAGCUGGACCAGAGCUUCAGGAGAAUCGAGGAGAAGGACCCGAGCUACGAGCUGAAGCUGCAGAAGCGGUCCAGACCCGAGGAGAAGCCAGAGUCCGUGAAGGAGGAGAGCAGCAUCCAGGGCGACGACGAUGACGACGCGAAGAGCUGGAAGGACGAGAACUGGAGAGGCUGCUGGCGCGGCAGCAGCUGGUUUAGCAGCUCUCCAGGCAGACUAUCGGGCUCGCAGUGGGAGAGGUUUGACCUGGACGAGGACGACGUGGACAUCCAAGCCCUGAAGGUGGCUGCAACAGAGUUGAGAGAGACCUUCAUCCCGUCGGUCAUGGCUGGAUGGCUACUCUUACAACGGGCUGGACUGAACGCUCAAGAGCGGGCGGGAGUUCUAUCAUCGGCUACAAACUUGCUUAACCUGAAGAACAUCAAGGCAGCACUACGGAACCAGUGGGCAGACGCCAACAGGAAGAGAGACAUGUCCCCACACAAGCCUGGCAAGGGACGAGCUAUGGGUCUGUUCGACGAGGACGACUACGUGGAGCAGGGUUACGACGACGAGCACGGAGAGGGGAUCGGCAACGAGGCUUCCCUCGGCGAUGAGGCGGACGAGGACAACGACGAGCUGGACCUCGAGGACCUAGACGAGGACGACCGCGCCGAGGCAGAGGAGGCGCUGGCCGUGAUUGCUGGCGCGAAGAAAGACGUACGUACGCAGAAGAGGACGCUGGCGCAGGCACGUGCAGUCGUCAAGGAUAUCAAGCAGAGUCGUGGAUUACAUCAGCAAGGCAAGGCCCAUGGCAAGGGUCGACCAGCAGGUGGCAAGGGACAAGGUCCAUGCUUCAUUUGUGGCGGAGCGCACAAUCGCGAGCACUGCUCGCGCAACAAGGAAAAGAACCAGGGCGGGACGCCGAAAGACAAGGUGCAGCAAGUCGGCGCCAUAGCGUUCAACUUCGGCAUCUGGGACGACAUCCCGGACUGCGAGAUCGAGCUGAGCAGCGAGACAGUGCCGAAGGACGAGGAUGCGACGGAGGUGGCGUUCACAUCGUUCGAGAAAGCCCACCAUGCGACGCAGGGUGGCACUGUCGAGCACGCGCUGGCCGGGCUCGAGGACGAGACAGCAGGCUGCACGGUGCUUGACUGUGGCGCGACCAAGACGUCCGGAUCUAUCAGGGCGCUGGAGCAGAUCAUCGAGAAGCAGCAGGCCGCAGGGAUGGACACCAGCGGCGUGACGGCGAGCGGGCAGCUCGGGACAGUCGCUGGGCACGCUCUGCACACGAAGAACAAUCGCUACGUGCCGCUGGUGGGAUCUGUGGAUGUCCUGAGGCGCUCAGGGGCCAUCAUCGAUUUUGCCGCUGGAACCGCCUGCUUCGCAAAGCCAGCAGUGGACAAGCUGGUCAGGCUCAAGAGGAUCUCGACGGGUCACCUGUGCAUCGACGUGACCUGGGACAUCUACGGCCAAUAA